CCUGCCAUGAGCUGUCGGGCUCCUCUGUGCUGAUAUUGGAAGGGGGCUUUCUCCACAGCUCUGCCUCCUCCGGGAGCAUGAAUGGGGCAGCAGGAUCCAGCAACCGGACCACCAAUGACUUCUGCGUUAACAAAACCCACCUGGACCCCAACGAGAGUCCGGCCAUCAGCGCCGUGAUGUUUGCAGCGGGGGUAGUGGGGAACCUGAUUGCCCUGGUGCUGUUGGCAAGUCGCAAGAGGGGGCAAACCUCCCUAUUCCUCAUCCUGGUCACCGGACUGGUCAUCACUGACCUACUGGGCACCUGCAUGAUCAGCCCAGUGGUUCUGGUCUCAUACACCAAAAACCUCACUUUGUGUGCCAUGGAUGCCAGUGUCUGCCACUACUUUGCCUUCGCGAUGACUUUUUUCAGCCUUGCCACCAUGCUUGUCCUCUUUGCUAUGGCUCUGGAGCGAGCCCUGGCCAUAGGGCAUCCCUACUUUUAUGAGAAGUACAUUAGGAAACGCUGUGGCCUCAUCACCUUCCCUGUGAUCUACCUCUUCUGCAUCUUCUUCUGCCUCCUGCCAUCCAUGGGUGUAGGGGGGUAUAUACAGUAUUGCCCCGGGACCUGGUGCUUUAUAAAUAUGCGGGGGCAUUAUGUGAAUGGACGGACCAGCAAUGUGUACUCCACUUUGUACGCCACUCUCCUGCUCAUCCUGAUCAUCGCUGUCAUAUCGUGCAAUGUAGUUGUGAUGGUCAGCCUGGUGAGGAUGCACAGACGCCAGAAGACACGAAGAUUUGGAUCGCUGAUGGUGAAUAAGAGAGAAAGAGUGUCCAUGUCAGAGGAGGUUGACCACCUCAUCCUCCUGUCCAUCAUGACAAUCAUCUUCAUCAUCUGCUCUGUCCCUUUUACAGUCCGGGCAUAUAUCAACAGAUUUGAAAGCCUGCGUGAUGACAAGCAAGACCUUCGGGCAUUACGAUUUCUUUCUGUCAAUUCGAUAAUUGACCCCUGGGUGUUCACUAUAUUAAGACCCUCUGUUCUCAGAUUAAUUCGAUCUCUGGUUUGCUGUCGGACUCCAUUUAAGGCAACAAAUUCUAUAGCUAAUCCCUCAUUUAAUACCCGACUAUCAACGAAUAAGCUCAACAUUGUGGACACCAAUUAUGGAAGCUCUCAAAAGAACCAUCUGGACAGUCAUGGAAAAAAUGACCAAGGGGAAAAAUCAGAUGUUUAAAAACAUUAACAUAAAAAGAAA